CCGGCUGGCGGCGGCCGCUGCAGGAAGGACCGCUUCCUGCGCUCCCCGCCCCUUCCCUCGCCAGUGCUGACGCUGACGUCGGCGCAGGGAGCUGGAGGGACGCUCGGAUCUCCGCUGAGAGGCUCCCGGGGGCCGGGGCUCCGAGGAACAUGGUUCGAUGUUAUUAAAAAUGAAUCUUAAGAAGAAAAAUGAAUCACAGCAGUUAAACUAUGGAGUUCUGCUACUUGUAAGAAGUGGAGAAGCCUGAGAUUACAUCACUGACCCUUGAUCCUCCACUGAGAGCUAAAACACCAGCUGGUUUAAUAGAACAUAUCCUAUCAUGCUUUUUCUCUGCCCCUUCUCAAAUCAUCAGCAGUAGAAAAGAGAAGAAAACAUGUCAGGACACAAAUGUUAUUCCUGGGAGUUGCAGGAUCGGUUUGCUCAAGAUAAGUCAGUUGUCAAUAAGAUGCAACAGAAGUAUUGGGAAACGAAGCAGGCCUUUAUCAAAGCCACAGGGAAGAAGGAAGAUGAACAUGUCGUUGCUUCUGAUGCAGACCUGGAUGCCAAGCUAGAGCUGUUUCAUUCAAUUCAGAGAACCUGUUUGGACUUGUCUAAAGCAAUUGUGCUCUAUCAAAAGAGAAUAUGUUUCUUGUCUCAAGAGGAAAAUGAACUGGGAAAAUUUCUCCGAUCCCAAGGCAUCCAGGACAAAACCCGAGCAGGAAAAAUGAUGCAAGCCACAGGGAAGGCCCUCUGCUUUUCCUCCCAGCAAAGGUUGGCCUUGAGAAACCCUUUGUGUCGAUUUCACCAAGAAGUAGAGACUUUUAGACAUCGGGCCAUCUCCGAUACCUGGCUGACAGUGAACCGCAUGGAACAGUGCCGGACAGAAUAUAGAGGGGCGUUAUUGUGGAUGAAGGACGUGUCUCAGGAACUGGAUCCAGACCUCUACAAGCAAAUGGAGAAGUUCAGGAAGGUACAGACACAAGUCCGCCUCGCGAAGAAAAACUUUGACAAAUUGAAGAUGGAUGUGUGUCAAAAGGUGGAUCUUCUUGGAGCAAGCAGAUGUAACCUCUUAUCUCACAUGCUAGCAACAUAUCAGACCACUCUGCUCCACUUUUGGGAGAAAACUUCUCACACCAUGGCAGCCAUCCAUGAGAGCUUCAAAGGCUAUCAACCAUACGAAUUCACAACGUUAAAGAGCUUACAAGACCCUAUGAAAAAGCUAGUCGAGAAAGAAAAGAAGAAGAGCUCCCGGAGGGAAAACCGGGAGGCUGCGGCACAGGAGCCGAAGCAGUUAAUUUCAUUGGAGGAAGAGAACCAGCACAAGGAAUCCUCUACUUGCCAGAGACCCAUAGAUGAACUAUUAGACGUGAAACCUGAGGAAGCUUGCCUGGGUCCCAUGGCAGGGACCCCAGAACCUGAAAGCGGGGACAAGGACGACCUCCUGCUGUUGAACGAGAUCUUCAGCACUUCCAGCCUGGAUGAAGGGGAGUUCAGCAGGGAGUGGGCUGCGGUGUUCGGAGAUGACCGGCUGAAGGAACCAGCUCCCAUGGGGGCCCAGGGAGAGCCAGACCCCAAGCCCCAGAUAGGCUCUGCAUUCCUCCCUUCACAGCUUUUAGACCAAAACAUGAAAGAUCUCCAGGCCUCUCUCCAAGAGCCUGCCAAGGCUGCCUCGGACCUGACUGCCUGGUUCAGCCUCUUUGCUGACCUCGACCCCUUAUCAAAUCCUGAUGCUAUUGGGAAAACCGAUAAAGAACACGAAUUGCUCAAUGCAUGAGUCUGCAACCUUCAACAGGGGAGCCCUCCGGCCACUCCGCAACACCUCAUCCAGGGCUUGCAGAAGUCUAACGUGCUCAGUACGCUGUUUUAAUAUUUACAUGCCAUUUUAAUAAAACGAGAGGGUCACGGCCCUGUUUCUAUCGCUAUA